UGUGACUCUCUCUCUCUCUCUCUCUCUCUCUCUGUGACUCUCUCUCUCGCUCUCUCUCUGUCUGUCUCCUCAUACUACAAUCACACAGCAUACAGUAUUGUACAGUAUUGUGCAUCUUCUCUACUGCAGGUCUCUCUUAAGUGGUUGCUAUGGUCUGUUUUUGCAUUGCUAUGGGAGCUAUGCUCUCAUUGGCUCUGCCUGACCUGGUUACCAUGGAGACGUGUACAUCGGCAGGGACGCCUGGACUGCAUGGUUUCCCAGGGUUACCAGGAAGGGACGGACGAGAUGGAGAGACGGGGGAGAAGGGAGUGCCAGGUACACCCCCCCCCCCCCCCAUCUCACCCACCCACCCACACCCCCACCUGGUACAUUCCAGGGUACAUGAUCACAUCUCAAAACAUUCCCUCUUCUGUCCAGGUGUUGUAUCUGGACCAGGCCAGAUACCAGAGGGGGGCCAGAAGGGGGAGCCGGGUGUGAAGGGAGCGGUUGGGAAGCUAGGUCGUAGUGGUGUGAGAGGAGAUAAGGGAUCCCCAGGGUCAGAGGGACCCCGGGGAGAGCCAGGGGAGUCGGGCUCAGCAGGGUCUCUGUUCCAUUCUGCCUUCAGCGUGGCCAGAGGCACCGCCAGCCCUCCAGAGAAGGCCAGCCCCAUCAGAUUUACCUCUGUCAUCACUGAUGUUAACAAGGACUACAACACAGAGACUGGACGCUUCAGGUGCCGCGUGCCGGGGACGUACUACUUUGUGUACCACGCCUCGUCUGAGGAGAGACUGUGUCUGGUGUUCAAACUGGAUGGAACCAGUCUGGCCUCCUUCUGUGACCUGACGUACGGGGGCACGAAGAGACAGGUGAGUUCGGGGGGUCUGGCUACGUACUUGAAGAAGGAUCAGGAGGUGUGGUUAGAGACCAACGAUUACAACGGCAUGACGGGAAAACCUGAAGGGAACAGUCUCUUCUCUGGCUUCCUGCUCUACUCUCACUAACCUGAAGGGAACAGUCUCUUCUCUGGCCUCCUGCUCUCCUCUCACUAACCUGAAGGGAACAGUCUCUUCUCUGGCUUCCUGCUCUACUCUCACUAACCUGAAGGGAACAGUCUCUUCUCUGGCCUCCUGCUCUACUCUCACUAACCUGAAGGGAACAGUCUCUUCUCUGGCUUCCUGCUCUACUCUCACUAACCUGAAGGGAACAGUCUCUUCUCUGGCCUCCUGCUCUACUCUCACUAACCUGAAGGGAACAGUCUCUUCUCUGGCCUCCUGCUCUACUCUCACUAACCUGAAGGGAACAGUCUCUUCUCUGGCUUCCUGCUCUACUCUCACUAACCUGAAGGGAACAGUCUCUUCUCUGGCUUCCUGCUCUACUCUCACUAACCUGAAGGGAACAGUCUCUUCUCUGGCCUCUGGCCUGCUCUACUCUCACUAUAUAUAUCUCUCUCUCUAUCCCUCCCUCCAUCCAUCCAUCAAUCAAUCAAUCAAUCAAUCAAUCAAUCAAUUAAUUAAUUAAUUACUUAAUAAUGUACUUCUAUUAUUCUGUUCACUAACCUGAAGGGAACAGUCUCUUCUCUGGCCUCUGGCCUGCUCUACUCUCACUAUAUAUAUCUCUCUCUCUAUCCCUCCAUCCAUCCAUCCAUCAAUCAAUCAAUCAAUCAAUCAAUCAAUUAAGUAAUUAAUUACUUAAUAAUGUACUUCUAUUAUUCUGUUUUGAACAAUAAAGGCGUUUUAACUCAUGA